AGCUUAAUUUCUUUUUCUCAUUCAAAGAAUCUGUUUCCUCAAGCAGUUCCGAGCACGGCUACGUGAUGGAGGGCCCUGCGUCUCCCCAAAAUAAAGGCCUGAACUAAUGAGAUGCCGAAUCCCUCCUGUUAGCGAGCCCUGUCAGUUCCCCCUCUAGUCGAUGGGCAUCGAGGAUGUUUGGCGUUCAUGGGAAUUACUGAAUACCGUGCUGGAUUGGGCCCUGGCUAUCAUCGGAUUCAUAAAACAAGGGUGGUUUUUUUUCUUUAAGGCUCAAGAGCAGGUGGCAUAAUUUUGAAGGUCCCAGGAUUCUUGAGCUGAGCCCAGCUGACAAGCUUUUGAAGAUGGCACAAUAACAGUCCAGUGAUGCCUGACCAUGACAGCACAGCCCUCUUAAGCAGGCAAACCAAGAGAAGAAGAGUUGACAUUGGAGUGAAAAGGACGGUAGGGACAGCAUCUGCAUUUUUUGCAAAGGCAAGAGCAACGUUUUUUAGUGCCAUGAAUCCCCAAGGUUCAGAGCAGGAUGUCGAGUAUUCAGUGGUGCAGCAUGCAGAUGGGGAAAAGUCAAAUGUACUCCGCAAGCUGCUGAAGAGGGCGAACUCAUAUGAAGAUGCCAUGAUGCCUUUUCCAGGAGCAACCAUAAUUUCCCAGCUGUUGAAAAAUAACAUGAACAAAAAUGGUGGCACGGAGCCCAGUUUCCAAGCCAGCGGUCUCUCUAGUACAGGCUCAGAAGUACAUCAGGAGGAUGUAUGCAGCAACUCUUCAAGAGACAGCCCCCAAGAGUGUCUUUCCCCUUUUGGCAGGCCGACUAUGAGCCAGUUUGAUGUGGAUCGGUUAUGCGACGAGCACCUGAGAGCUAAACGCGCUCGGGUUGAGAAUAUAAUUCGGGGUAUGAGCCAUUCCCCCAGCGUGGCAUUAAGGGGCAAUGAAAAUGAAAGAGAAAUAGCUCCGCAGUCCGUGAGUCCCCGAGAAAGUUACAGAGAAAACAAACGCAAGCAAAAGCUGCCACAACAGCAGCAGCAGAGUUUCCAGCAGCUGGUUUCAGCGAGGAAAGAGCAGAAGCGAGAGGAGCGCAGACAGCUGAAGCAGCAGCUGGAGGACAUGCAGAAGCAGCUGCGCCAGCUGCAGGAGAAGUUCUACCAGAUCUACGACAGCACCGACUCCGAAAAUGAUGAAGAUGGCAACCUGUCUGAAGACAGCAUGCGCUCCGAAACCAUGGACGCGAGGGCCGGCGACUCCGUCGGCAGGUCGGACAAUGAGAUGUGCGAGCUGGACCCAGGGCAGUUCAUUGACCGGGCACGGGCCCUCAUCCGCGAGCAAGAGAUCGCAGAGAACAAGCCGAAAAGAGAAGGUCCCAAGGAGAAGGAGCAAGGGCCGAACGCCUUCCACCCCGAAGGCAAACACUUGGCCGAGACGCUGAAGCAGGAGCUAAACACCGCCAUGUCGCAAGUUGUGGACACGGUGGUCAAGGUUUUCUCGUCCAAGCCCUCCCGCCAGCUUCCUCAGGUCUUCCCGCCUCUCCAGAUCCCGCAGGCGAGGUUCGCCGUCAACGGGGAGAACCACAACUUCCACACGGCCAACCAGCGCCUGCAGUGCUUUGGGGACGUCAUCAUUCCCAACCCCCUCGACACCUUCGGCAGUGUCCCCAUGCCCGGUGCCACCGACCAAACCGAGGCGCUGCCCCUCGUCGUCCGCAAAAACUCCUCCGACCAAUCCGCCUCGGCCCCGCCGGCCGGUGGCCACCACGCCUCCCUGCACCAGUCCCCACUCUCAGCCACCGCCGGCUUCUCCACCUCCUCCUUCCGCCACCCCUUCCCACUGCCCCUCAUGGCCUACCCCUUCCAAAGCCCGCUGGGCGCCCCGUCGGCCUCCUUCCCGGGGAAAGAGCGCGCCUCCCCUGAAUCCCUCGACCUGACCCGGGAGACCACCAGCCUGAGGACCAAGAUGUCGUCGCACCACAUGAACCACCACCCCUGCUCGCCGGCCCACCCCCCCAGCGCUGCCGAGGGCCUGUCCUUGUCCCUCAUAAAGUCUGAGUGCGGCGACCUGCAAGACAUGUCUGAAAUCUCGCCCUAUUCGGGAAGUGCAAUGCAGGAAGGCUUGUCACCGAAUCACUUGAAAAAGGCCAAGCUCAUGUUCUUUUACACCCGGUACCCAAGUUCCAAUAUGCUGAAAACCUACUUCUCAGAUGUAAAGUUCAACAGAUGCAUUACCUCUCAGCUCAUCAAGUGGUUUAGCAAUUUCCGUGAGUUUUACUACAUUCAGAUGGAGAAGUAUGCACGGCAAGCCAUCAACGACGGGGUCACGAGCACUGAGGAGCUGUCUAUAACCAGAGACUGUGAGCUGUACAGGGCCCUGAACAUGCACUACAAUAAAGCAAAUGAUUUUGAGGUUCCAGAGAGAUUCCUGGAAGUGGCUCAGAUCACGUUACGGGAGUUUUUCAAUGCCAUUAUCGCAGGCAAAGAUGUUGAUCCUUCCUGGAAGAAGGCCAUAUACAAGGUCAUCUGUAAGCUGGACAGUGAGGUCCCCGAGAUUUUCAAAUCCCCAAACUGCCUACAAGAGCUUCUUCAUGAGUAGAGAGUUCAGCAGCUAUUUAUGAAUGUAUGAAAGUAGCAGUCCCCUUCCGAUGCCCAAGUCAUGCGUGUCUCUAUUUUAAUUUCAUAUAUAUGUGUAUUGCAUACAUAUAUAUGUAUAUGAAAUUAGACUGUGAACCCUCCUGGAUUUAAGUUUUCGUUCAGUUCCAAGGGGAUGGUUAUUUUACUUCAGCCUUCAGUUUACUUUUGCCCGAGACCCUUAACAUUUGGAGAAUCAACGGGGUUAAUUUUCAGGGAGAAGAGUUUGGAAGUGUGUAAAAGCCUGUCUUAGCAAGUUAGGGCAUUAUGUUUAAAAAUGCUUUGUCAGAUUUAUUGCUUGCUGCAAAGUGGCAUUUUGUCUUAGUGAGACUAAUGUCAUGGCACAAUACUACAGACAAUGAAGUUUAUAUUAUGUUUAUACUGCUAAAGGUCUGAACUCUGUGGAGUCACUUCAUAAGCUUCAAGCUUUUUUUUUAAUUUUAUAUACUUUUUAACCAAUAACUAGAUUUUUUUUCAUACUUCAAAAAAACUACAACAUCUAUUUCAGGUACUCACUCUAAGAAGUGAUACCCAAAAAAGCAAAUCCCAUUCUUUCAAGCUUUCCUUACAGAAAUGAUAAAUACCCUGCACCAGUAAUCAGCAUGCCUGAUUGUUGUUUCUCUAAAUUGCAGCAAGGGACAUUUGCACAAAUCAAGUACCGUUCUUGCAGGGUGAGGCCAGUAAUUCAUGCACAAUAUUGUAUCAACCACACUAAUUUUGGAAUAUGGUCAGCUUAUUAAAGCGGAAGCAUUUCACUCUCCAUAGAGUAAAAAUGAAACCUUCAGCAUCCUAUAUUGCCAUGUCUCGGUCUUACUUUAAGUGGCAUUAGUUCUUAAAUUUAUUCUUUCCUUAGUCCGUUCUGCCCCCUAAAAUCCCCUUUCCAGCAUACAAAGUUUUCUGUCUGUAUUCAACAUCUGUCCUGAAAAGCACUUUUUGGAAUGAUCUUAGAUACAGUAGAAGCAUCUUCACCUCACGGUUCUGAGGCAAAGGAAAAAAAAGACUUGUUUGUAGCUGUAAAAUAUAAUUAGUCUUUUCCUGAUCAGAAGAAUAAAAAUUACUUUUUCAUAAAAAUCUAAUCAAGCAUAUACAAAAAUCACAGUGUCCUCCUGGCUAUGCAGGGUUCAGAUAGCCAAAUUGGAUUUUUAAAAUUAUAGCAAGUGCAGCUUAAAAAAAAUAAAUCUGUUUGAGCAAUGUGCUGCACUUGUCUUCUGAAGCUGGAGCUAGUCUUGCCCAAAAUCUGAGCUACAGUGUAAAGUCCAUGAUGGAUCUGGGUUCACCUGAAUGCUAUACUGCGAUAUGUCAGCAGACAGAAAGCAAGCUAGCUGCCAGGUCUCAUGCUUUCUUCAGUGGCUCUCCUUUUGUCAUGUUUUCAGAAAGGUAUCGUCUCCAGAAGUUUGGGGGAAGGUUGAAUAUGCUAUGGCACUCUGUAUUUGUCAUUUUCUCUGUUGUCUUUUGUACGGAUGCAGUAAGAAUUUAUUGUUAUCGUCAAUAGUAUUUUCCCCUACAUAAUUCAAUCUGAAUCUAGAGGAAGCUCCUAAUUAGCUGAGAAUUAUAUUUAGACCAUUGAGGAUAUUGGUAUCUUAUUUCUUUAUUUUAAAAUUACAUUUUGACUUUGGAGAGUGAAAGUUUACCCAUGUGACUAAAGAGCUGACCUGAUCAUUGCAAUUUCACUUCAUUUACAAAUACUGCUGAUAGACAGAAAUGUAUGAAAGCAAUUAUUGUUAGCAGAAAGCCUUAAAAACCUGCUGACUUCAAAUUAAACAGCACAAUCCUACGAUUCCCUGUCAUUCUUUUCAAGCACUGGCAGUAUCUGUGGAGUAUAGGCAAUGCAGACAAUAGCAUGGGAUGAAGUGCCAACAUUUCCACUAUGCAUUAAAAGCAAAACAAAUCUUCUUGAUCUUAGACUCCCUGAGAGUACCUAAUACUGUACAUAUCCUUCCAGUAGACAGGAUGUGUCCUCUUUUCUUUUCUUUUCUUUUCUUUUCUUUUCUUUUCUUUUCUUUUCUUUUCUUUUCUUUUCUUUUCU